AUGGCGCUACGAGCACUCUCAACGUUCCCUUCUCUUCCUCAUCGGCUCACGAGACGUGAACCCACUCUCACCGUGACUCACCGAAAUCCGGCGACGUUAAUCUUCUGCAAGUCUAUCGCUGGCUCAGAUUCCGCGGUUUCACUCUCGGAGCGAGAUGGAUUUGCGGCGGCAGCUCCGACCCCUGGAGAGAGGUUCCUGGAGAACCAACGAGCUCAUGAUGCUCAGAAAGUGGUGAAGAGAGAGCUCAAAAUAGAGAAGAAGAAAAAGAAGGAUGAUGUUGUGCGGAAAGUUGUCGACACCUCUGUGUCUUGUUGCUACGGAUGCGGAGCUCCGUUACAGACUUCCGACGUCGAUUCUCCGGGAUUCGUCGAUAUGGUCACUUACGAUCUGAAGAAGAAACAUCACCAGUUAAGAACCAUAAUCUGUGGAAGAUGCCAGCUCUUAUCUCAUGGACAUAUGAUUACAGCAGUUGGUGGCAACGGAGGAUAUCCUGGUGGUAAGCAAUUUGUAUCAGCUGAUGAACUCCGGGAGAAACUUUCUCAUUUGCGCCAUGAGAAAGCUUUGAUUGUCAAAUUGGUUGACAUAGUGGAUUUCAAUGGUAGCUUCUUAGCUCGUGUACGUGACUUAGUUGGGGCUAAUCCGAUAAUACUGGUUAUAACUAAGAUCGAUCUCCUUCCAAAAGGAACGGAUAUGAACUGUGUUGGUGAUUGGGUUGUAGAAGUAACCACGAGGAAAAAGCUAAAUGUCUUGAGUGUCCAUCUCACAAGUUCCAAGUCUCUGGAUGGAGUUAGCGGAGUUGCAUCAGAAAUCCAGAAGGAGAAAAAGGGACGAGAUGUCUACAUUCUGGGUGCAGCUAACGUAGGGAAGUCAGCAUUCAUCAAUGCUUUGCUAAAAACAAUGGCCGAAAGGGACCCUGUUGCAGCAGCGGCACAGAAGUACAAACCGAUUCAAUCUGCUGUCCCUGGAACAACCUUAGGUCCAAUUCAGAUCAACGCCUUCCUAGGAGGAGAGAAGUUGUAUGAUACACCGGGUGUGCACUUACACCACAGACAAGCAGCUGUUGUUCAUUCAGAUGAUUUACCUUCCCUUGCUCCUCAAAACCGUCUCAGAGGCCAGUCUUUUGAUAUUUCAUCCUUGCCAACUUUUUCAUCAAGUGAUCCCAAGGGUGAGAGCUUAAUCGGUUAUACAUUCUUUUGGGGAGGUCUCGUCAGAAUUGACAUCUUGAAGGCUCUACCAGAAACAUGUUUCACAUUCUAUGGACCAAAAGCUCUUGACAUUCAUGUAGUGCCAACCAAAACAGCAAAUGACUAUUACCAGAAAGAACUGGGCGUGCUCCUGAAACCUCCAUCAGGGAAAGAUCAGAUGCAGGACUGGAAAGGCUUACAGUCUCACCGUUUACUCCGAAUCGAAUUUAACGAUGCAAAAAGACCAGCUAGCGAUGUGGCGAUUUCUGGGCUAGGAUGGAUUUCAAUCGAACCAAUCCGUAGAACACAAGGAACAGAACCGAGAAAUAUUGAUGAUGCAGAGCAUGAGAUACGUGUCUGUGUGAGUGUUCCAAAACCAGUUGAAGUGUUUAUUCGACCAACAUUACCCAUAGGUGCUUCAGGUUCUGAAUGGUAUCAGUACCGUGACUUAACCGACAAGGAAGAAGAAACAAGACCCAAAUGGUACUUAUGA